GUGUGUGUGUGUGUGUGUGUGAGAGAGAGAGAGAGAGAGAGAGAGAGAAGAGAGGGAGAUAAUGUCUACAUUGAACCAUCUCUUGGAUCUUCAAGAACAGAUUUGCUAUGUGCAGUGUGGUUAUUGUACGACCAUUUUACUGGUAAGUGUCCCAAGUAGUAGUUUGUCAAUGGUAGUUACGGUGAGAUGCGGCCACUGCACCACCCUCCUCUCUGUGAACAUGAUCAAAGCCUCUUUUUUCCCUCACCAUCUUUUUUCUUCUCCCAACCAAGAUGAUGAGCUGCCAAAACAAGAUGGUAGUCCUAAGGAAGAGGAUUGCCAAAAGGCUCUGGACAAGAGGAGCCGAUCCCCGGUCAUUUCAAGGGAGGAUGAAGAAGACGAGGAUGUUGUCCCAAUAAAUCAUAUUGUCAACAAACCCCCAGAGAAGCGGCAACGAGCUCCAUCAGCUUAUAACAACUUCAUCAAAGAAGAAAUCAGGAGGUUGAAGGCUGAAUAUCCCAACAUGACUCACAAGGAGGCAUUCAGUGCAGCUGCAAAAAAUGUAAGUUUUUUGAUGAGCAAAGACAAUGGAGAUUUUUUUGAGAAAAUGACAAAACCUAGACUUGAGAUUUUGGACAAUAUUAUUCCCAUUCAAGGGAAACUAACUUCAUCAUGGACAUGUCAUGAGAACCUUUAGUGGGCCCAUUUCACACCAGUUCAUUACAACAAAAGAGUUGGAGAGAGCUGUGACCUGCAGAGAGAGAGAGAAAGAUGCCAAGGAGCUCAGAUGUCGGAGAGGUCCAUGUAGAGGGCAAUUGUUUCUGUGAAAGUAAGGCUCUGAGGCAUUCCAAAUGGACAAAAACACCCUUUUAAGUAAAAGGAGCAUUUAAUAAGAACUACCAGAAGAAGAGAGCUGUUUCCAUUUUAAGGUUAAGGUUAGGGCUAGGGUUUCAAUCAUUUGCCUUUCUGAGGUAGAUGCUCUUUCGGAAUUGAGGUUUUCUGACUCCAAGCUUGUUGAGGACUUAGUAAAAUGGUUGAUGUAAUUUUUCUAAUGACAACUCUUUCUUCUAUGUAAGCGGCUCUACCAUCAAUUACUAAUAAAUAACCAUGAAAACAAAGUUAUUUUUUGGGGUUGGGG